AUGUCUUCCACCGCCGUCCCCAAGCGCGUUGCGCUUCAUCGCAACCCUACCACGGACUCGUCUGUCCCUAGCUCUGUCUCGGUAUCCCCGCUUGACUCUCCUCGCCAAUCUCCCUCGUCUACUUCGCUCUCCUCAAUGGCCUCCGAGGCGGAGAAGGUGAACAAUGGCAAGAUGCUAGACACCUAUGGCAACGAGUUCAAGAUCCCGGACUUCACCAUCAAGCAAAUCCGUGACGCUAUCCCGGCUCACUGCUACGAGCGCUCCGCAGCCACCAGCUUGUACUAUGUUUUCCGGGACAUCGCUGUUCUUGCUACCGUCUUCUACGGCUUCCACAACUAUGUCACUCCCGAGACCGUUCCCUCGUACCCGGCCCGUGUUGUCCUGUGGGCUUUGUAUACUGUGAUUCAGGGUCUGUUCGGUACCGGUUUGUGGGUUCUGGCCCACGAGUGCGGACAUCAGGCUUUCUCUCCCUCCAAGGUUUUGAACGACACUGUCGGCUGGAUCUGUCACUCCGCCCUGCUGGUGCCCUACUUCUCGUGGAAGAUCUCCCACGGCAAGCACCACAAGGCCACCGGUAACCUGGCUCGUGACAUGGUGUUUGUUCCCAAGACUCGCGAGGUGUACGCUUCUCGCAUCAAGAAGACCAUCUAUGACCUCAACGAACUCAUCGAGGAGACGCCCAUCGCGACUGCCCUUCAUUUGCUCGGUCAGCAGCUGGCUGGCUGGCCCAUGUACCUCUUCACCAACGUCACUGGCCACAACAACCACGAGCGCCAGCCUGAGGGACGCGGAAAGGGCAAGAAGAACGGCUACUUUGGCGGUGUCAACCACUUCAACCCCUCCAGCCCCCUGUAUGAGGCCAAGGAUGCCAAGCUCAUCGUUCUGAGCGACAUUGGUCUUGCCAUCACUGCCAGCGUCCUGUACCUGAUCGGAUCCAAGUACGGCUGGUUGAACCUCCUCGUCUGGUACGGUAUCCCCUACCUCUGGGUGAACCACUGGCUCGUUGCCAUCACUUUCCUCCAGCACACCGACCCCACUCUUCCUCACUACCUACCCGAGUCCUGGAACUUCGUCCGCGGUGCUGGUGCCACCAUUGACCGUGACUUUGGCUUCAUCGGCCGCCACAUCCUGCACGGCAUCAUCGAGACUCACGUCCUCCACCACUACGUGAGCACCAUCCCCUUUUACAACGCCGACGAGGCCAGCGAGGCCAUCCAGAAGGUCAUGGGUACCCACUACCGCACCGAGGCCCACACCGGUAUGCUUGGCUUCAUCAAGGCUCUCUGGACCAGCUCCCGCGUCUGCCACUGGGUCGAGCCCUCUGCCGGAACCACUGGCGAGAACGCCGGCGUUCUUUUCUACCGCAACACCAACGGCAUCGGUGUCCCCCCUGUCAAGCUCACCAAAUAGAGCAAGCAAACACUUUGUCCAUUCGCGCCUGCAUCAGUAUAGUACAUAGAAAGA